GAACUCGACGAAAUGUCGCUGUUUUCAAUCCCAAGCCGAUUGGUCUUUAAAUGUUUUGGCAAAAACCGAGUGAACUAUUGCCAGAUUGCGGCUGCACUGCGUCCCAAAAAGGGAAAGUCCACACGCAAAGAGGCUCAAUACUUUUCGGAUGCGAAGCGAGUGAGGACCGUUGGUGGCAAGGGCGGCGACGGCUGCGUCUCGUUCCUGCAGCUGUGGUGCAAUGAGCGCGCCGGACCCGAUGGCGGUGAUGGUGGCAAUGGUGGUCAUGUCAUCCUCCAAGCCUCCAACGAUGUGCGUAACUUCAAUCAUGUUAGCAGUGUACUUCGAGCCAGCGAAGGUGGCAUUGGGGGCGCCAAGGAAUGCCAUGGUAAGAAUGCUAAGCACACGGUGAUCAAAGUGCCCAUCGGAACCGUUGUGCGAAGCGGGAAAGGUCUGAUUGUGGCUGAUUUGGCCACUGCGGAUCUGAUGUUUGUGGCAGCACGUGGCGGAGCCGGUGGGAAGGGGAAUCGCUUCUUCACCACCGACAAGGAGACCAGUCCCAAGGUGUGCGAAUACGGACCACCUGGCGAGGACAGCAGCUACAUUUUGGAGCUGCGCAGCAUGGCUGAGGUCGGCAUGAUCGGCUUUCCCAAUGCCGGCAAGAGCACCUUGCUAAAUGCGUUGACACGCGCCAAGCCAAAAGUGGCGCCAUAUGCAUUCACAACGCUGCGUCCGCAUUUGGGCACCGUGCAGUACGAGGAUCAUGUGCAGUUGACCAUUGCCGAUCUGCCUGGCCUUGUGCCGGAUGCACAUCGCAACAAGGGACUAGGUAUACAGUUCCUCAAGCACGCCGAGCGUUGUACGCUGCUCUUGUUUGUGCUCGAUGCCAGUGCACCUGAGCCGUGGACGCAAUACCAACAACUAAAGCACGAACUGGAGCAGUUUGGUGGCAGUCUGGCAAAUCGACCGCAGCUGGUGGUGGCCAAUAAAAUGGAUGUGCCAGCCAGUGCAUCCAACUACGAACAAUUGCAGCAGCAGUUAGAUGAGCCAAAAUUGCUGGGGAUCAGCGCCAAGAUGGGCCACAAUCUGACCCAACUCCUGAGCACCAUACGCACCACCUACGAGCGACACAAGACAAAGCAGCAGAUGGGAUCGUCUUAGUUGAUUUUAACAUUAUAAUACUGUUGCAAUUAAUUAAACUUUUAAAGUAUUUA